AAGGGAUAUUAAUUAAUGGAGAACAACCCUAGUUCAUCAUCAAGAACUGAUAGAAAAUUCAUUGAACAGAAUAGAAGAAAUCAUAUGAAGGAUCUUUUCUUCAAGCUCAACUCAGUUGUGCCUCAUCAAAGCUCAAGGGAGGCCAUUUCGCGGCCGGAUCAGAUAGGUGAAGCCACAAAUUACAUAAAGAAUUUACAGAUUAAAUUAGAGAAAAUGAAGGAGAAAAAGAACAACCUAAUAGACAUUAAAAGAUCAAAAAAUGUUAGCAUGAAUAUGGGAUUGUUGAAGUCUCCACAAUUUAAAAUCCAACAAAUGGGUUCAACUUUAGAGGUUUUUCUAAUAACUGGGUUGGAUUGUCAAUUCAUGUUCAAUGAGACCGUUCGUGUUCUUCAAGAAGAAGGAUCAGAUGUUGUUAAUGCCAGUUAUACCGUUGUUGAAAAUGAAGUUUUUCAUACAAUACACUGUCAGGUAGGGGAAUCUGCAAAUGGAGCUUUGAGGAUAUCUGAGAAAUUAAAGAAGUAUUUCAAUGGCUGAUAGCAUUAAUUAUUGGUGGAAAUCUAAAUUGAAUAUUCUCAAGAGGAUACUAUACCACCGUUUUAUCUAGUAAGCAAUUUCAUAUUCACUGUCUUGCGUUGGCUUCACAAUUAAGAUUUGAUCGAUUUACGUGGGUGUGAGCACGCACUUGUAUGUUUAUAUAUAGAACUUGUGAAAUCUGAUGAAAAGGUUGUUUAGUUUGUUACUAUAGUUUGGAUAUCAAACAUGUGUUCCGAUUUCAUAUACGAUAUAUCUAUAUAAUGGAUGAUAUUGAAAUCUAAGUCUCUU